CCCAGAGUGCUGAGCUCAGAGAGAGAAGGGGGAGUGACUGCAGCAUGAGAUUUUAGAAAGAGCUGCUCUGCACCCAGCAAACAGCAAAAGGACUGGAAGCUUCAAGCCUGCUCCUCCGCUCCGUUGGUCCAUGAGUGCCGCAAGUGUGCUCACGUCCUUCAGUCCAUCCGCAAUGCCCGGUCCAGUCAUGACAGACGUGGCCAUGAGGUUCUACAUCAGCCACUCCCCGCCUCCUCUCCGCAGCUUCAUCAGCUCCUACGGGGACCUGCAGAGGGCCAAGAACCGGGUCAACCAGUCCGCCGGACGCAGCCGGGGCCAGCAGCUCUACAAGCCGCUGCGGCCCUGCCUCAGCAGCCAGCGCCGGGCCGCCGACGACCAGAGCCACGUGGCCUGGUCCAAGAAGAAGCCCGUCAAGAAGAGCGUGGUGUUCGCCGACACCAAGGGUCUGUCCCUCACCGCCAUCCACGUCUUCUCCAAGUUCGACGACGAGCCGUACCAGAACAAGCCGGUGGGCGGGAUCGCGGAGGAGCUGCAGUUUGAGAUGACCGACCUGGAAGCCGCCACCAUGGACCUAAAGAUCAGCCCGGUGCGCAGCCUGGCGCUGGACUUCAAGCAGCCCUCCGCCGACUACCUGGACUUCCGGAACCGGCUGAUCCAGAACUGCGUCUCCCUGGAGAACUGCUCGCUGCAGGAGCGCUCGCUGACCGGCACCAUCAAGGUCCGCAACGUGGGCUACGAGAAGUCGGUGCAGGUGCGCGUCACCUACGACUCGUGGGCCUCCUUCACCGACGUGGACUGCUCCUUCCUCAACAACGUCUACGGCUGCCAGGACACCGACACCUUCGCCUUCGAGCUGGAGCUCCCCGCGCACACCCCGCCGCAGAACCGCAUCGAGUUCUGCAUCUGCUUCAAGGUCCAGGGUCAGACCUACUGGGACAAUAACGACGGCAAGAACUACCCGCUGAAACACGUCGGCUGGAGCAGGGAGGAGGCGCACCGGGCCCCCGCGCCCCGGGUGAAGCCCUCAGAGCACAAACCCGGGAGCGGCAAGCUCCAGGAGCUGGAGUUCGACCAGUUCGGCAGCCCCCGCAUGUCCAGCGGACUCUUCCCCGGCUGGCAGAGCUGGGGUCAGAUCGAGAACACGGUGCCUUACUGGUGAAGGCCGCGCGGCGUUGGCUGAGCCGACGCCGGCACACAACCAGAGACGCUGACGGGGGGUGGGGGGGAGGCACCCAGGCCAGCUCCAGCCCCCCGCUGGACUGACUCAGAGCAAACUGAAGCUAUUUUAGCAGAGAAGGUACAGAAAGCAGACAGAACGCCAACGUUAGGGCUCAGAUGACCUGCUGUACCCGUCACUGGGCCUGAUCCACGAUUGAACCGGAGCCACAUCCGGCGGGGAGAUCAGCUCAACAGUUCUCUUUUGUAAAAUAUUUAUGUGCCUUCUCUUUGUGCCUGCCCACUAAAAUAAAGACUAAUAGUGCACAAGCAUAUAAGGACGGUUGGCCCCCUUUUGAGGGCCGGAUGCGUUAGUUAACCAUGCACUGAUGGAGAUGUCCCUCUCAAUGUGACGUCUGCGAGCUAAAUCUGAAUUAAUCCUUCAUAUUGAAGGGAAAGCUUAGGGAGUGCAUGGCCGCCGGACGCUUUUCUACGACAGGAAACACAGCUGAUUCAUUUUUAAUGAAGCUAAGCACACUAAACUCUCGGCACCCCUCUGUAUAAAGUAUGUGCACAUGAAUGAGAACCGCCUCGGUUUUUGUAAGCAGGAGUCAUGCAGCCCUUUCUUUCCCUCCAUGUAAAAUUGCACAUGUUUGUCUGGUAACUGUUUGAGUGACGUAAUUCUGAGGUGCGAUUUUUAUUAUUUCUGUUUUUGAGCAACCGAGCUGCUAUUGAGUGUCACAAGAAAAGGCGAUGAAUGUGAUUGGUUAGCGACGAAAGUGAGGAGGUGUGGAAAUGUGCGAGGCUGUGGUACGUGCAGAAAGAAACGACGUGAGGUCUGAGUGAGCGCUUUCUCUUUGUUGUUUUUAAAAGUGCAAUUGUUGAUCAAGUGUGUACAGGAUGUAUGGAUGCACCGCAGACGUUCCUGAGUCCUCUGGGCCUGAGGAACGUCUCAGCCGGGGCAUUAGGAGUCUCGCUUCACGGCGUGCGCCGCUAACGCGCGCCAUGUUGGCUACCUGUUUCUAUGUGUUUCCUUUUUGAAAUAAAUUUCUAUAUUUGUGCUAACAAA